CGUCAGGUUGUGGCGGAAGUUAAAAUAGUGGCGGAAGCAUCAGGAGUUAGCUCAGUUAGUUGUCCUGGAAACUUGUUCAAUAGAGUGUAGGACGUUGCAAAUGUGACAGCCAAGCCUUUUUUAUACUCGUUCUGUUUUUUUGGAUACACCUUUUGUUGAUAUAUUCCAGAAACGUCUAACCGUAUACAGGACUUGCCGACCUUAGCUCCCACCAGACUUGAGUCAGACAGCUUGGGGCGCGCGGGCGAGGAGCCCGGGAAAGCUGAUUGACAGGCGGCGAUAUGACCCAGCAGGGUGCCGCGCUGCAGACCUACAACAACGAGCUGGUCAAAUGUAUCGAGGAGCUGUGCUCCAAGCGGGACGAGCUCAACGGUCAGAUCCAACAGGAGGAGGAGGAGAAGUCCCGCCUGCAGCACGACAUCCGCGUCCUGACGGAGAAGCUGAGCCGGGUGAAUGAGAGCCUGGCCCAGCGGCUUGCCGCCCGCUCCACCUUCGACCGCACCAUCGCCGAGACGGAGGCCGCCUACAUGAAGAUCCUCGAGAGUUCUCAAACCCUUCUGAGUGUGCUGAAGAAGGAAGCUGGAAACCUGAGCAAAGCUACUGAACCACGGUCAAAGGGCCACUAACGAAGGCCACACACACACACACACACACACACCUCAACCCCGGUCAAACCUGCAGCACCCUCUCGGAGGUCUUAAGAACUACUUGGGAUUAAUUGUAAUAUAUAUUUUUUUAUUUAGUGUUUAUAUAGGAAAUGGUACCUAUUUUGUACAAAAAUGUAUGAUUUUAUAUUAAAGGUGUCGUGACUUUAUCUCCUGUGCUUAGUUUAUGCAUUCACGUUUGGAUUAGACACAAUAAAUGUUAUAUUGUGAAAGUAUCU